ACAUUGACAUUUCUAAAAUCCAACUCCUCUUUUUGAAAAUUAAGAAACUCCACUUGGCUCUUCGAUUUUUUCUAUCUAAAUAACAGAACCAAAUCAUUAUCGAAAUUUAAAGUUGUGCGAAACAAAACAAAGAUGGGAAGAUCACCUUGUUGUGAUAAAAAUGGAGUGAAGAAGGGACCAUGGACUGCUGAGGAGGAUCAGAAACUCAUCGAUUAUAUUCGAUUUCAUGGUCCUGGCAAUUGGCGUACGCUCCCCAAAAAUGCUGGACUCCAUAGAUGUGGAAAAAGCUGCCGUCUUCGAUGGACCAAUUAUCUAAGACCGGACAUCAAGAGAGGAAGAUUCUCGUUCGAGGAAGAAGAAACUAUCAUUCAGCUACACAGUGUUAUGGGAAACAAGUAAGCCUGAUCAUUCACACCAUAAUUUUUGUCUGAAAUUCAUAUUCAUCAGCUACAUGCUUUUGUAUGUUAAUUAAUGUAAAACUCAAAAAGGGAGAGUGUACGUUUGCAUGCGGGGGUACAUGUCAAAUGUAGGCCAUCAACUCCAAUAAACUAUUAUUAGUACUUUACUAGUACGUAUUGACCUAUAUUAGAAUAAUAAUAAAGGAGUUUUGUAUUGAUCAUAGAUUAAUGUCACUAAUAUUGAAUUGAUGAAUAUUAGGUGGUCAGCAAUAGCCGCUCGUCUACCAGGGAGGACCGAUAACGAAAUAAAAAACCAUUGGAACACUCACAUCCGCAAGAGACUUGUAAGGAGUGGUAUCGACCCUGUUACUCAUUCUCCACGCCUUGAUCUUCUUGAUUUGUCCUCACUUUUGAGUGCACUUUUCAACCAGCCAAACUUUUCAGCAGUUGCAACACAUGCGUCUUCUCUUCUUAAUCCUGAUGUAUUGAGGUUGGCCUCUCUACUACUGCCACUUCAAAACCCUAAUCCAGUUUACCCAUCGAACCUCGACCAAAAUCUUCAAACUCCAAAUACAUCAUCAGAAUCGUCUCAACCACAAGCUGAGACUAGUACAGUCCCAACAAACUAUGAAACUUCAUCAUUGGAGCCUAUGAACGCAAGACUCGACGACGUUGGUCUUGCAGAUGUAUUACCACCUUUGUCAGAGAGUUUUGACUUAGACUCGCUCAUGUCAACGCCAAUGUCUUCUCCACGACAAAAUAGCAUUGAAGCAGAAACCAACUCCAGCACUUUCUUCGACUUUGGAAUUCCGGAAGAUUUCAUCUUAGAUGACUUUAUGUUUUAAUUUUCAACAUUUGCAUACACAUGUCUUGCUUUCACACAUAUGAUUCUUUGUUGCAUUCUUUCUUUUGUUUGAUGUAUAAAUUUCUUGUUUUUAUUCUCUCAAAAGAUAUUAAGUUAUUAGUCUAUAAAAUUUUCAUG